AUGCUCACAUCUCCGCUGCUUCGUGUCGGCCGGUGGUCGGCAGCAGCCACAGGUUUCAUGGCGGUUUGCCUGGUGCAGGCCACAGUGAACAUCGCCUUCUCAGCACAUUUCAUUGCACGACUGCGGGCGCAGGCGCCGGACUCGCAAUACAUCGUCUAUGACAGCGGAUGCAUCGCGGCCCAGGUAUUUGCAGCUGCACUGGCCUACGGCGGGCUGCAUGUGCGCAGCUUCCCGCUAGUGACGACAGCGACAGCAUUCGAUGUGGUGCUGGCAGUAUUUCGGGCAGCGCAGCUGGCGCAGGCGCAUAUGGGCGUGGCGGGAAUGCAGGCAGCCAGCAUUGCGGUGACGCUGGUGGGGUGCGCAGCGAAGGCGUAUGUGGAGAGCCGAUGGCUGCGGCGGGAGUUCGGAUGGCAGGUGUACCGGGCGCUGGGCGCCGACCGCGCAAUGCAGCGCAUGUUUCUGCUGCACCAGGUGCUAUUGUCAGUCAGCAUUCUGGGUGCUGCGGUGUUUGUCGAGUUCUGGCUGCUGGUGGCUGUAGCGCAGGCGGACGGGUGGCUGCGCAAUGUCUUUAUUUUGGUCCUGGCGGCCGUCCUAAUAACCAUGGUUUUGUUUGCAGCCGUCCAGGAGCUGCCAUGGGUGAUGCGUGCAUGUGCUGCUGUGCUCAUUGCCACACCGGUGUACUUUAUCUACAUGCUGGUUGCGGUCAACCGCCAGGAGCGGUACCGCGGCGGCCGCAAGUACCUAAGCGUGAUGCUGACCGUACUUGUGCUUCUUGACAGUGCUCUGGCUAUGCUCUGCAUUGCCGUCUGCCGCACCUUCAACCGUGGCCUGCGCCAGCGGCUCCGCCGGUUCCAGAUCAUGGCCCGUGGCGAGGUCGAUCUAGCUGCCGUCUCCAAGCCCGCCGCGGAUCGCCCGGAGAAACCACCGCAUGCCCUGACCCUGCGCUUCCGCAUCGAAGACCUCGACGCCCCCAUCCGCUCGGCCAUAUGCUCAGUGCGCUCCGAGCACAGAGACGAGGUGCGCCGCUGGGAAAUACUCGCUCCGGGCAUUGCUGAUCCCGAGCUCGUGCGGUCGUUUGUGUCCGACAAGGCUGUGCUGUCUCGAUCGGCUAUGUCUGACCCGCUGCCCUCCUCGGUCGGCAGCUCCGUGUCGUGUGUCUUGUCGGCUGGCGAGCUCGCUGCCGCUGCUCCACCAUCGACCCUUUCGUCGUUCCCCAGCGCCAGCUUCUCUGCAGUCACCAACGAGCCGUCGUUCGUCGGCACCAGAGACUUUGAGGAUGACAAGGCCCUGUACGAUACCCUGCAGCGUCCGCUGGAGCUCAGAGUCACCAACCCUGAUGUCCGCACCCAAAAGAGCCGUCUCGCCCCAUCGACUGUCAGCUCCUCCACCGACACCCUGCGCACUGCCCUAUCAUCGCUCCAGGAGGAUCCCGACCAGGGCUUCGAUGUUGUUUCCAUGCGCGAGACCAAAUCCAAAGCAUCGUUUGAAUCUGCCAAUUCUCUGCCUCCGCCAGCAUAUUUCCCCUCCACAUCCAAGUAG